AUGAUUCACUUUGUGCUUCUCAUUAGUAGACAAGGUAAAGUGAGGCUCACAAAAUGGUAUUCACCAUAUUCUCAAAAGGAAAGAUCCAAGGUACUUAGAGAGUUAAGUGGCCUAGUUAUCUCUCGAGGCCCAAAACUAUGCAACUUUGUAGAGUGGAGGGGACUCAAAGUUGUUUAUAAAAGAUAUGCUAGUCUUUACUUUUGCAUAUGCAACGAUCAAGAAGACAAUGAAUUGGAGACACUUUCCAUCAUCCAUCACUAUGUAGAAACACUGGAUCGCUAUUUUGGCAGUGUUUGUGAACUAGAUUUAAUCUUUAAUUUCCAUAAGGCAUAUUUUAUAUUGGAUGAAGUUUUGUUGGCUGGAAUGAUGCAAGAGACUAGCAAGAGAACAACUCUUAGACUCAUAGCUGCACAGGAGGAGUUAGUGGAAGCUGCAAAAGAAGAGGCUAGUUCAUUGAGCAAUAUAAUUGCACAAGCCACUAAAUAA